CAUCGAUGAGUGAUCAGCCACACAAUGGCGUCGGGCGCCUCCGCCUCAAGGUCUGGCUGUGGAUCUCCGUGGCGGCUCUGGUGGUCAUCGUCCUGGCCAUUGUGCUGCUCAUCCUGCCGAGCCUGAUAAUCACCAAAUCACUGGUGCCGAACGUCGUGGCCACCUACAUCUUCUUCGUCCUUGGAUUGGUGGCCUUGUGCGUGUACGCGUGUGUGACGUGGCUGCGCCGCCAAUUUCCCUACGAUUGGGUCAUCUGCGGAGUCAUUGCCGUCCUCCUGGCUUUCGGAACAGUCUCGGUUUUGCAUGAGCGAGAACCGCCCCAAGUGCUACUCCUAAGCGUGGAGAUCCUGAUAAUGCUGGUGCUGCUCCUGCUGUUCGGCUCCUACCAACUGCCCAACUGGCCCACAAUAGCCCAGCUCCUGAUCGGCUGGUACCUUUUUGCGGUGUUGGCCAGCUUUAUCGUGGUGAUGGUUUUCCAAUACAUGACCGACACUCUUUGUGCCAUCAAGGUGGCGAUGCACUUUGCGCUGUGGGAAGUGGCAUUUCCGGUGGUCGUGUUCCAGGCCCAGGUAAUAUCCGGCUUUUGGGAUAAUGUGCCGCCUCUACUCGACAAACCGCUCUGUUCGGUAAUGCUAGUUCUGGACUUUCUAGCCUGCUACGCCUUCCUGGCUUGUGUUGAUGAUAUUGCAACCUUUAUAGGCUACUUCGGGAAAGCGUCAUCACAAAAAUUCUUUAUGCGUCUCAUGGAAUAGGAUGGUUCGUGAGCUAAUAAGGACCAUGCCACAUACAUAUGUAUUUAGGCAUCGAGUAUAAGGCACCAGCCUGCUGAGAAAUGUGUUUAAUUUAAUAAAGUAAUUCUUACUAGACCUUUGGAAAAGGUCCUUAUAAAUUAA